UUUCUCUCGCUUCAUUUUGUUUCUCUUUUUUCUCUUCUUUCUCUCUAUUUUUCUAAUAAUCCCAAAGUAAAUAUUUGACGAGAAUGAUGCUAGAGAGAGUGACUUGGCCAAUAAUUCCUUAAGCACUUGGACACGGUUUUUUUUUCUGUGCGUGUUUGUGAAAGGGGUUAAGAAGAAAAGAAACAAUGAACAGGGGGAGAGAGAGAAUGCCGUCAGCCCUUCUUAAGACCUCAAAAAAUAUUGGGAGGCGACAAAAUGAAGGGGAAAAAAAAGUUGGCCAUCGAAUAAAAAUUUUUUUUUGUUUCUUUAGUCACUUCUUUUCUCAGCUCUUAUUUUUUAAAUUUUGUGUUCAAAAUCAAAAACUUUUUCAAGUUUUUUUUAUUUGUUUAAUAUUCUUUCUUUAUUUUUAAUUCCUCUUUCUGCCCUUGUUUUAAAUUUUUAUUUUAUUUUUUUUCUUUGCACUCAUCGCCACGCAGCCAGCGUGUGUUGAUCAUCAUCUGAUUAUCGCCUUAUAUUUUUCUCUUUACUCUUUUUCUCUAACCUUUUUUCGUACUGUUCUAAAGGAAAUGUUUUUCUGUUAUGAAUUCAAAACUGAAACUGGAGGUCGUUAAUUCUUCUCCAAGUCGCUCCACAAAUGGAGUUGGAUCAUCUUCUAUUCAUCAACAACAACAACAAACACCCUCCUCAUCCUCCUCAAAUUUUCACUUGCCUGAAUUAAAACCUGUGAUUAACAACAAUAAUGGUAAUCAUCAUGAUGGUGCUAAUGAAAGUCAAAAUGUUUCUACAGAGGAAGGUUUUUUUUAA